UUCAAAGAUAACUUUUUAUAUAAAAACUCGGAAAUUUUAAGAAGCAUCACUAUUAGUUGCAGCAACAAUAAGCCAAUAACUAAUUUAAAAAUGAAAUUCUUCAUCGUAUUCGCCCUCUUCGCCGCGGCUUCGGCCAGCAUCCUGCCGCCGGCCGUCAUCGCCAGCACCAACCCCGAGGUGCAGGAGAUCCUGGCCUCCAUCCAGAGCCCGAGCACAGACCCCGCCACCGCCGCCGCCCUUGAACAGUUGCUCCUCGAAGUUCUCGGCAUCGCAAAGCCCGAACCAAUCCAGGUUGGACCCGCUAUCGUUGAUGAGUACGAGCCCAUCCACGUCGGCCCCGCUAUCGUUGACGAAUUCGAGCCCAUCGACGUUGGACCCGCCAUUGUUGAUGAGCAGGAGGUCGCCCCCGUGAUCCCCGCUCCUUCUGCUAGUUCCCCACUUGUCCAAAUUAUCUUGAAUAUCAACGUCCCUACUAACGUGCCCGGUUCCCCCGUCGUCGUGGAGACCAUCCCACCCGCGCCCACACCUGUGCAAGUUGUUGAGGAGGCUGAUGCCCCCGACUCCGUCAUCAUUGCCGACAAGCCCAUCAUCGUUGAGCCCGUCAUCGUUCCCCCAGUCGUCGCCGAGCCUAUCCUCGUCGCCGACCCAGCUAUCGUGGCCCCCAUCGUCCCCGAGCCAGUGCUUGUCGCCCCCAUUGUCCCCUCUCCCGCUGUUGUUCUGCCCGACAUUCUUAACUAAGCAAUGAGUACAUUAUACAUUGCUCAUUUGAUUAUGUAUAACAAUUUGUCAAUAAUGUGAAUAUUAGUUCUUCUUCACACAAUAAAGAUGUUUUUAUAAA